AUCAUGCUAAAGUCCGACGUAAACAUGUGAGAAUCCGGUUUAUUUGGAAAGUGCGAGCAGCGAAGGCAGAAGGAGAGGUACUUUAAUUUAGAAAGGUAGAACGCGAAGAAGUCAGGAAGCAUGGAUACCGAAGUACAGACACAAGCCAAACACAAGAAACUUGUGUUUGGAGUGCUGUUCUUUAAGCGUUUCCUGAAACUGACAGGGUACAUGUUCCCCUCCUGGAGAAGUGUUCAGGUUCUGAUGUGCUUCCUGCUGCUGCUUCUGGGACUGCUAGAACAAGUGGUGAUUUUUUAUAUUGGCAAUAUUCCAUCCAAGUACUAUAAGGUAUUCGGUGACAGGGAUAUGAGCGGAUUCCGAGAAAAAACCAUCAUGGCUGUGUUCCUCAUCUGUGGAGAAGCCUUCAUAAAGGCAUCUACAGUCUACCUUGCCUCUGUUUUAUACAUAAAGUGGAGAGGUUGUAUCAACGACAAAAUACACAAACUGUAUUUCAAAGACUUGGUCUAUUACAACAUCAAUGUGGCUGGGAAAAUUGACAAUCCGGAUCAGAGGAUUACUCAGGAUUUGGACCGCCUUUGUGACAACUUCAGUCAGAUCUUUGCUCCAAUUAUCAUUGCUCCCUUCACCAUCGCAUAUUACCUGUACAAAAGCGUAGACAGCACAAGUUACUUGGGGCCAGUAGGUGUGCUGUCAUUUUUCCUUGUUGCCACGGUGAUCAACAAGUUACUGAUGUCACCUGUCGUGCAGUAUGUGUUCAAAAGAGAGAAAAUGGAAGGAAAUUACAGGUUUAAGCACAUGCUGUUAAGGACUAAUGCAGAGUCCGCAGCUUUCUACAGAUCUGGGGAUAUAGAAAAAUUCUACACUGACCGCAGACUGCAUAAACUUUUGAAGACCCAGCACAAUCUGAUUCUGCGACAGUAUGCAUUGAAUUUUUCUGUGAAUUUGUUUGAUUACUUGGGUAGUAUCCUGAGUUAUAUCCUCUUGGCCUUCCCAAUCUUCAAUGGAGCUUAUGACGGCAAAUCUCCAGCGGAUUUCUCGUCACUCAUCAGUGCUAAUUCCUUUGUGAUCAUGUACCUCAUCAACUGUUUCACCCGCCUAAUUGAUCUGUCAGUCAAAGCCGCAGAGGUAGCAGGGAAUGCCCACAGAGUUGGAGAAUUGAUUGAAGAAUUACAGAUAUUAAAAGAUAAGCAGAGGACCUUGGGUUAUAUGAAGGAUAACAAACCACCAGAGCCCUCCAGUGAUGAAGUUGAAUUAACAGCUAUCAAUAUUGACAGUCAUGUAGAGGUGACCAGGAAAGCCUUCACCGUCACUGAGCUUACGUAUGCUCCGCCAAAGUCCAACGACAUUCUCUGUAAAAAUUUAACAUUCCAAUUGGAGGGUGGAGUAAACAUCCUGGUAACCGGAGAUUCAGGGUGUGGAAAAAGUUCCCUGUUAAGGGUCAUAGCUGGACUCUGGUCAUCAAGUAAAGGGAGUGUGAAAUUUUAUGAAGCUCUGGAUCCCAGUAAGAUCUUGUUUCUGCCACAAAAACCAUAUUUCACAGACGGUACCCUCAAACAACAGGUGAUUUAUCCAUUAAAGGAAACAGACCAUGGCUCAGUUUCUCUAGAUGAUGAGACAAUUCAUCAAUACAUGGAGGUCACAGGGUUACAGAAUCUGACAGACAGGUCACUGGGGCUAGAGAGCUACUCCUCCAAUAAUUGGUACCAGGAACUGUCUCCAGGAGAGAUGCAGAGGCUGUCGUUCGUCAGGCUGUUCUUCCAUCAACCAAAGUUUGCUGUGUUAGACGAGGCCACCAGCCAGAUCAGCAUCAGCCUUGAGCGGGUGUUGUACGCCAAAUGUCAGGAGCUAGGGAUCACCCUUCUGAGUGUGGGUCACAGGGACACCCUUAGACAGUUCCAUCAGUUAGAGCUCCGCCUACGGGGGAGGGGUGAAUGGACAAUGCAACCAAUCUCAGAUAGUGUUAUAUCCGUAUAAGCAUACACCAUUCUACAAUUAGGUUUUAAACAAAUGGAGGGAAAAUUAUGAUGUUUUGUGUAUGAUUAUUUUUGUUGCUGGGUAAUAUUAGUGGACAUGAGCAGAAUGUUCAAAUCCUUAUUAGAUAUCCGAUCAGACAUUCAACAUUUUGUGUCUUAUUGGAUUGAUAGGUCUAACAUUGAAUUAUAUUGGAUUGAUAGGUCUAACAUUGAAUUAUAUUGGAUUGAUAGGUCUAACAUUGAAUUAUAUUGGACCUGUGAUCUUAUUUUCUGAGGGAACGUCUGAAUUUUUAGCUUACAUUUUGUGGUUCUCUUGCCUUGGAGAAUUAAGAACGGGAAUUUCCUCAAGGAUCUUGUGACGAGAGAGCAAUAGAAUAGCAGUUUCUGAAUCGUUAGAUUAUUCAUUAUCUACAUGUAGGAGAUAAUGAAAAUUAGCAGGUUUAUUACAGUUGAAAUUAUUGAGCCUUGGUUAGAAUAAUGUUUCUUUCCCUUUCCCCACGCCUUCAUUUUAAGUAUGGGAAAGGGGCAAACUAUGAAAAAUAUGAAAUUCGUUUAUCAGUGAGAGCACAUGCAAUUUGAAAAAACAUACACUAAAAUAUGACUCGGCUUGCACUAUAUGAAAAACUCAGAAAAAGGUUUCAGCAGUUCGUACUUUAAAAGAAAAAAUUUAGCUGCAAAAAUUUUUGAAUUGGGGCAUUCUUUGGGGUUGUUCAAACAUGGGAAUUAGAAAAACUUAUAAUUCAGGCAUUAAAUUUGCCUUGUUUGGCAAUAUGUGAUCAACAAGGGUGCUAGUAGAGCUCUAUAAUGUUCUGUGUGGAUAUCAUGCCAUGUGCAAUAUAAAGCUUUGAAGAAAAGAAGCCACUUUAAUGGGAACUUGUGCACAAGAUACAUGUCUCAGGCUCAGUGAUUGUCACAAGGGAAUUUCAUGUCAUAGUACAUUUUUGUAGAAUUUUGUCAACCACUUUAAAUUGAUAAUUUUUGUGCAGUAUAUUUUUUGUAACAUCAUGUAAUGUCAAACCCUUUUAUUUUUUUAUGAUAUUCUCUGUGUACUCUGAAAUCAAACAAAGACCAGCUCCUGUGAUGCUUAUUGUGAAAUCCAUGACUCUGUCAUAUCAUUCUGUGCGUCUGUAACAAACCCCUUUUCAGAUGAUUGCAUAAUAUGUGUGCAUGUUAAAAAUUAAUGAAAGGAGUGUUGAUUUUGCAGAGGCCUGAUAGUGAAUACAUGUACCUCAUUCACAUGACUUUUUGAGCUGAAUAAUUAUUUUUGAGAUUAUGAAUGUUUUUAGAAGUAUGUUUUUAUGUGUGGAAAUCACACAUAUUGUAUGUACAUUAGAGAUUCAAUAUAAAUUUUUGCUGAAUCAUUAUUGUGACAUUCUGUACCCUUGUAAUGAGACUUGGUGAGUAAAUGAAUUUAUAGAGGA